GAGUGACUGACCGACCAGUGGAGUCCAGCCGCCUGAAGCAGAGCGCCUGCUGUUUGGAUGUGUGCAGCCCCCUGGACUUGGUGGGAGGGGGAGAAGUUUCCCCAAAGACGCGCUUGGAUCGCUGUGUGUGCGCGCGUGUGUGUGUGUGUGUGAGAGAGAGAUGAUGCCUUCCUCCUCCAGCCCAGUCUCACAAGCUGCUCAGUGGAUUUGCUGAUUUCCCGAAUUUAUUUUUUUCUCUAACUUAUUCCACGGGAUUGAGGAGAGAUUUUGAGCCAGAGGAUGCUCCCACAGGUCAUUCGGAUUCUGUAUGUCUUGUCUUUCUGCUUUUUCCAAGGAGGCUUUAUCAGACCGAGCUCCUGUAAGGAGGAGAUAAAGCCCCCCGGCAGGGCAGGACCACAGCUGUCGCCGUCUGACUUCCUGGACAAGCUCAUGGGAAAAACAUCCGGAUAUGAUGCUCGCAUCAGACCCAACUUCAAAGGCCCACCUGUGAAUGUCACCUGUAAUAUUUUCAUCAACUCCUUUGGGUCUAUCACAGAAACUACAAUGGACUACAGGCUCAAUGUAUUCCUACGGCAGAAAUGGAAUGACCCCCGUCUGGCGUACAGCGAAUACCCAGAUGACUCCCUUGAUCUGGAUCCCUCCAUGUUGGACUCUAUCUGGAAACCUGAUUUAUUCUUUGCAAACGAGAAAGGAGCCAAUUUCCACGAGGUCACCACUGAUAACAAGCUGCUAAGGAUUUUCCAAGAUGGCAGCGUUCUGUACAGCAUCAGGCUGACUCUUGUCCUGUCCUGCCCUAUGGACUUGAAGAAUUUCCCCAUGGACAUUCAGACCUGUACCAUGCAGCUUGAAAGCUUCGGUUACACCAUGAAUGACUUGAUCUUUGAAUGGCUGUCUGAGAAUCCUGUUCAGGUGGCGGAUGAUCUCACCCUUCCCCAAUUUGUGCUAAAAGACGAGAUGGAUCUGGGCUACUGCACUAAGUAUUAUAACACAGGUAAAUUCACCUGCAUUGAGGUGAAGUUCCACCUGGAACGUCAAAUGGGCUACUACCUAAUCCAGAUGUACAUCCCCUCCCUCCUCAUUGUUAUCCUCUCCUGGGUGUCUUUCUGGAUAAACAUGGAUGCUGCGCCAGCCAGAGUGGGUCUGGGCAUUACCACAGUGCUAACGAUGACCACACAGAGCUCUGGUUCAAGAGCCUCACUGCCCAAGGUGUCUUAUGUGAAGGCCAUUGAUAUUUGGAUGGCGGUGUGCCUUCUCUUUGUGUUUGCCGCCCUGCUGGAGUACGCUGCCGUUAACUUUGUCUCAAGGCAACACAAGGAGUUCAUCAGGCUGAGGAAAAAGCAGCGGCAGCAAAGAAUAGAGGAGGAACUGGUGAGGGAGAGCCGCGGCUUUUACUUCCGAGGUUAUGGACUCGGUCACUGCCUGCAGACCAAGGACGGCACCGCUGUGGAGGCGGCCACAGUGUUCACCCCUCCUCCUCCCCCGCCUCCUCCGGUCACCGCGUACGACGGGGAGGUGCUCCACAAACGCUUUGUGGACCGGGCCAAACGCAUUGACACCAUUUCCAGAGCCGUGUUUCCCCUGAGCUUCCUCAUAUUCAACAUCUUCUACUGGAUCACCUACAAAGUGCUGCGACACGAGGACAUCCACGCCAAUUUGUAAAAAGCUCUCUGCUACAUUUUAAGGGUUUUUUUCUUCUCAGAACCGUAACUGCCUGUCAGAGCUACAUAACAGUGAAGAAAUGUGUUAAGAGGCUUUAUCUGCUUCGAAAAACAACUGCUAAAAACGUUGUGCUCAGGUGCGUCUUCAGGAUCUCAGAUGAGGAGCGAUUAAUGAGAAAGUCAAGUUAAGCUGCCUGGAUUCAGGCUGGUGUUGUUUGUUCAUUUCUGUCCUAGUUUUUUUGAUUCGAGUGGAUUACAACAGAGACAAAAACACGGAUAGUUCUUUGUGGGUUCAUGACUUUUGUUUGAGAGUUCAGAGGAGUUGGCGUUGAUCCUGGCUGGAUGACAUACACUGACUUGAAUUUUGACACAAAGCAUCUUUGAAUGAAUGUUUUUGAAAAUUUAAAAGAUAAUGGGUUUUUUACACCUUUAGAUUAUUAACGGGAUAUAAAUAGCUGCAAGGGGGGAGGACUGGGUCUUUGAUAUUUAUUCAUAUUUAACAAGUGGUGAUAACUCAAUUUAGAUUAUAUAUAACAGUGUAUAAAGUGUACAUAAACAAAGCGCUUCAUUAAAACUGCACAAAGCACAAAUAUGUAUUUCCUUUGUCUACAUUUAAAUAAAUUGUUAUUCUGCCAGGAAACCUGAAGUGAAUCGCUCCUCUUUAAGCUUAAGUUUUUCUUGAGUGCUUUUAAAAAAAAGGAUGCAGUACAGAAAUGUUUUUCCAGAUGAAAAAUUAAUUCAGUCACAGGGUAACUGAUUGCA